AUGGCGAAAAAUAUUAUUAUAGUGACUGGCUUCGGACCAUUUAAAGGACACGAGGAUCGUAACGCUAGCUGGGAAGCAGUACAGCUUUUGCCCGAAACGUUUUCUUUUCGAAAUAGUUCUUACGAGAUAAGAAAAUACGAGGUACCUGUGACGUACGAAGCAGUGGACAAUGUUAUUCCUCUAAUCUGGGAUCAAAAACCCCAACUAGUCAUUCAUGUUGGCGUACAUGGAAGUAUCGAUACGAUAAACUUAGAACAAUGUUCGUACACGUCCGGAUAUUUUAAGGAAGACUUCGCUCAGCGAUGUUUGCCGUGCGAUAAGAUAAAUCUAAGCGGAAAAGCGGCAAGUGAUGUGGAAUGUAAGAUGUUACACACAAACCUGAAUGUGGAACAAAUAGUUCAAGAGCUAAAUGUUCAAACGAAUAUAAAAUGUCUAUGCUCUACGGAAGUUGGAAAUUAUUUAUGUGGAUACAUAUAUCUAAAAUCACUCGAUAUAAAUCCAGACAGGUCAUUAUUUAUACAUGUACCUGUGGUGAAUAAGCCAUACAGCUCGGAGGAAACUAAGGCAGCAAUCUAUAACGUGAUUGGAAAAUGUUUAGAGCAACUUUACUCAUAACAAAAAACAUUUUUGAAAUAA